AUGGUGAGGCGACGGGCUUGCGAUGGAUGCUCUCUCCGCAAAACCCGUUGCAGCGGCGGACAGCCAUGUCAACCCUGUGUCCAGUCUGGAUUUGAAUGCUCCUACCUCAAACCAGCAGCAAAACCCGGGCCGAAAGGUCCACGCGCUGAAACCUACAUGCGUAUCAACAGACGCUUGCAGAGCAUACGAGACCGUGCUCCCCGUGGCGCAACCGAAACCGCAUCACCCGCCAAUGUAAGAGCAGGCCUGGCGGAGGCAGCCGACUCAUCCAGGGCGAUACCAGCCUUUGAAGUCGCCGGUGACGAACAGAUGCCGUUCCUGACUGAAUGGCCAUCGCAACUGCCUCUUGCAGAUGUCUUAGGUCACUUGGAGGCCUACGAGCAUAGAAUGUAUCCCGUCUGGCCUGUCGUUGACGUUGCUCGCCUUCGCAACUCGCUUAUGCUGGACGUGAACAAUGACGAGUUACGCUCUUUGGCAUUUGCGGUAUGCGCAGCGACCUGCGCUCAGUUGCAGUGUCAUCCUGACAACCAGAGGACGCAAAUGUUUCGCGUGGGAAAGUGCUCUUUGGCGGAUCAUUUUGCGAAAGAAUCAGAAUAUUGCCGCAGUAUGUAUGAUUACCGUGAAAGUGGCACGUUUGAAGCAGUUCUAGGGCCGCUGUUCCUUCAUUUUUACUUCGGUGCGACGAACAAGAUGUCGACGGCUUCGCUCUUGCUCCGAGAGUCGGUGACGUUGUGUCAGCUUCAGGGGUUGGAUAGGGAAGAUACAUAUCAAGAUAUGGCCGUUGAAGAAGAGACGUAUAGGCGGAGGGCGUUCUGGCUCCUCUAUGUGACUGAAAGAGGUCACGCUAUUCAGCAUGGGAUCAAUACCUGUCUAAAAGGCUCCAUUCGACUGCCAACGCGCGAUUGCGCAAACGAAUGCCACCUCGUUGAAGCCUUUGACAGCCUUGUCGGUCUUUUCAUUUCCGUGGAAGGUGUUCUUCUCGAACCCGGUGGCUCGCCUCGCGGCCCCAAUACCAUCAUGUGCAGUAAGGACAUGCUCUGUCGGCUACAGAGCCAACUCCGCCAGCGCCUGCAGUGGCCUACGGCAUACCAUGCAUUACAGAGAACGGAUAUCGCGAUUACCCAACAGUGGCUGCGAGUGCUACUUUGGCAGCUGUCUUUGAAGAAUAUUUUCCUCUCGAGCGCUUCGGCUGAUGAUUGUAUGAGAUUGACCUACCCGGUCCAUGUGGCAAGAGAUGCGAUAGUGCUCAUUUCCAACGUGCCCCAGGAUACAUUUAUGGCACAUGGUCCUGGCAUGGUAGGUGGUUGUGUAUCGCGAUGGCAUACCGUAAGCUUACUGAAUCCAGGCAAUCAAACUCUUCGAAAUCACAAGUACCCUACUGGAUGUGAUUCACUGUGUUCCCUCCCUUGUGCACCGCAACCCAGCUGGGACAUACGAUAUUCUCCACCAUUUAUGUUAUUUACUGUCAUCUCUGAGCCACAGACCAUUUGGCCUAGAGUUGCUGCAGAAGAAAUUAGAUGA